AAAUAUAAACAAAGCAAAAUUUUUCUCAAUCGAUAUUACCGGUCGGUGAUCAGAGUUUUUUUUUUCAAAUGUUUGAUAGUAAUAUUGUAUAUAAUGCAUUCAAAAUCAAUCAAACCGAAAGAUUCAUCGCUGGUUUCGUACUACAUCCUGUGUUUUCUGCGAGUAGUGCUAGUGUUUGUACCGCAGGUUGGCUACAUUCAUCCGGAUGAAUUUUUCCAAUCUUUAGAAGUUAUGGCAGGAGACGAAUACGGUCUGGAAGUCACUCGCACAUGGGAAUUUAACAGAACCUUUCCGAUUCGAUCAAUAACGAUACCGUAUUUUGGAAUGAAACUUCCGUUCAGUGCGCUUCGAUUUGUUUCGAUGUACAGCAGAUAUUACUUCGAUGUGAAUCUUAGAGGAAGCUACGUUACGCUUGUAUUCCCACGACUUUUGAUGGUUUUACUUUCGUUUGUUAAUGAUUGGAGUCUUCGAAAAAUAUGCGCUGCUUAUGGAUUGCAAAAUCAGUUCCGCCUUCUAACACUGGCCAGCUCCUACGUGGUAUUGGUUUACUCCACCAGGACAUUCACUAACUCGAUCGAAAUGGCCAUUUGUUCAGUACUGCUGUACAUUGUAAGUGAUUGCAUGAUACAUUCCAAUACGGUAAUUUAUCAGCGCGAAUUUUUGGAGGAACAAUAUCUAAAAGCGAGAAAUAACAUUGAAAAGGUCAAGUUAUUCAAACUGAGGAUGUCUCUUCCAUCGCAUUCACUCAAUAAAUGCUUCCUCGUGGCGACACUCUGCGUUGCAGGAGUUUUCAAUCGACCUACGUUCUUUCUCUUCGGUACGCCACUAGUAUUUCACUGGUUGCUGCGAGGGAUGGGCACGACAAUGGUUUCCUUCACCGAUUUCAAUAUAAGGAUGAUAGCCUUAGUCUUGUCGGCCAUUCCGACAUUGAUAUUUUUCAUCGUGGUGGAUUCUCUGUACUACGGAUAUCUAACACCAGCUGAGCUGGAGCAUUUGGAUGUCGGUAUAAAUAAUUUUGUUGUGACACCUUUAAAUUUUAUACGAUACAAUAUCAAUCCGGAAAACACCAACCAGCACGGGGUUCAUCCGUACUACCUGCAUCUGCUUGUCAACAUUCCCAUCCUGUUCGGCAUCCUCGGGGUGAUUGCAGUUCUGUCCUUUGCAAAGAUGAUAUACAGAUUUGCCUCAAACGAACUGGCCAACUUGCCCAGAGCACAGUCAUUUGUGGGACUAAUUCUAUCGACCAUCUUUUUCCCAAUUCUUAUGCUUUCUACCAUUAAUCACCAAGAACCACGGUUUCUGCUUCCAAUAACACUGCCACUUAUCCUUCUACAUGCUCAGAAACUCCAGACUGGUUUCUGCAGUUCUUACCCUUUUAAAAAACGUUCAUGGCUGAAGGACUUACUUUACGACUACGUUCUGUGUUCCAGAGCAAGUUCACGCUAUUUGUUACAAGUCUGGUAUUUGACUAAUCUGGCCCUAACUUUGUUUUACGGUUUCAUACACCAGGGCGGUGUAUAUCAGCUUGCUGCUCACCUAAGCCGACAAAUGGAUAUUCGAUCCUCAACAACUCAUAUCCAUCUAGUCACUAGUCACAUUUACAGUAUGCCGCAGUGUUUUCUCGAUAUACCGAGCACACAGACUCUGUUAGUAAACCCGGAGAACGGUCAGAAGUAUCGCAGAGGAAAACAGUUUUUUCUUUACGAAUAUGGCAGCAUGGAAUUACCGUAUCUCUACCACAAGCUUAAGCUUAUUUUAGAUAUAAAUGAAAUGAAAUCUAUCAGUGAAAAUCAAAAAUACUUCCUGUAUCUUGCCAUCCCGUCUAGUUUGGCCGAGGAACUGAACGAUGUGUUCCACAACCGCACAACUGCUCUUAUAAAGCAUACGCAGAUAGCCGUGUUUUAUCCACAUCUAUCGUUGGAAGCACCACCCAAACUGCUGGGUCAACAUCUGUGUGGAAUUAAUACAGACCCAGACGAGACGCAGGAUACCUGUCCGAUAUACGCCUUGGACGACGAGCGAAAUCCAUAUUCCGUGACACGUAUCUUGAAAGAAUUUUCCUCACUGGUGCACCAGCUCGGUCUUGUUCUGUACCGGGUCGACGUUCGGAAAAGAAUAAAAUAACACGGAAUGGUCACCGCAAAGCUUACCAAUGUGACCUCCUCCUGGAUGGUCACCAGUGAUAUCAGAACAAGCUAGUCGAUUUGCAAUGUUGCUUAGCUUUACAAAACCAACCUUCGUUCGUGCUGAUCUCAAUGAUGCGACUGUUCAAAGCAGCAUUCCUUACCGAUAUGAUUGCACUAUAUUUAAGUGUUUAUUUUGUCAUUACAAUUAAAACGUUCUAAUAAAACCAAUGUAGAACAAUC